AUGCGCAAGCCUUGGGCAGUCGCAUCUGUCGCCUACCAAGUUCUCUCGCUGGCCUGGAAUGUGUUUACACUGCCGAUGUUAAUCUCUGCGACGGGCCCAGCCGGGCAUGAGCAUCUGCAAGGAAGCUACGGCCUGCAGACGGGAGACCAGGUCAGGCCCGAGUGCGACCAGGUGAUGACCCGACAGGGCGCAUCGAUCACAAUGUCCGCGCCGGAAGAGUGGAUUCGGGCUGUUCAGGGGCUGCUGAUGCAGCUGCUCCUAUAUCCUCCGUGCCUGCAAAAGAAGUACUGA